CAAAGCUAGGUAUGUUUCAAACGCAACUCGAACGCCUGGAGACCGCUGUCCGAUGGUUUUAAUGCCGCUUUGAGGAAACCAAAAAGGGGAAAAGUCUGUCCAGGUCCUGAAAAUCACAUCCGUUCAUAGGUACAAAUCUUGAAGCUUGGGGGAAACAACCUACCCCCCUACCUCGAAAAGCUUACGGGUUUUGCUCCGCUGGCAAUGGUCCCGCAGAAUCGGACCCAUUCUACCGGAAACCCCCGCGGUGCGCGAUCAAUCAAUCGACUGAAGCGCGCGCCACGACAGCUUCACAUUGCCUGAUUUGACCUUGGGAGCUGGCGCGGAUACUCAUGUCGGUCAUCUGAAAAUCCGAUUUUCAAUUAACAACACGAACCUACUUUAAGUGAGGUAAUCGAAACGAACAGAGGUUAUACGACUGCCGACGCACACCUCAUAAAUCGAUUGCAACUAUGUCCGUGACUCUGCACACCAACCUAGGGGAUCUGAAGAUUGAGGUAUUUUGUGAAAGUGUUCCCAAAACGGCAGAGAACUUUCUUGCCCUGUGUGCCUCAAAUUACUACGAUGCAUCGCCUUUCCACCGACUGAUCCCGGGGUUUAUGGCCCAAACCGGCCAACCUGCAAACCCAUCCCCGCCCGAGAACCCUAAAGGCGGUCGUUCAAUUUGGGGCGGCAAUUUUGAAGACGAGAUUCGUCCUGCCUUGCGUCACAAUGAGCGCGGUGUCGUGUCAAUGGCAAACAAAGGGCCUGGAACAAACGGAAGCCAAUUUUUUCUCGUGUUCGAUAAGGCGCCACAUCUCGAUGGGCUCAACACCGUCUUUGGCAAGACGAUCGGUGACGAAAGCCUACGGACCCUGGCAAAAUUGGAGGCCGUCGAGAUUGAUAAGAAAAACCGACCAAAGGAGAAAGUGGUCAUUGAACGUGUCACAAUACAUGCCAACCCACUGGCUGAAUGAAGGAAGCAUAUGUCUGGCCAUAAUGCUACUGCACUGACGUGAAAAGAAAAUGCAACACCAACAUCAGUUGCAGGAGCCCAGGAGACACUGGGGAUGGCUACAGUAGAGUAUGACGUACUGUCUCGCUGCCUUUUACAAAAGUAAGGCAUAGACCUUCAUGGUAUCAAAGUAUCAGAAGCAGCAAAGAAAAAAAAGCUGCUCACAUAAGAAACAGAGAACCUGAAGCGGUCAUUGACUCGGCAGGUAUCAAUUCGCUGCCCCGGCAUGUGCACACGCUCCGUUAUGAUAAUUCCCGACACUCCUGUGCCACAAGGUCUGGGUAAUCGCCUAUACGCUCUGGCUGGUGAGCUUUCAAGACCUUGAUACAGGCGAACGUGCUGUAUUCAAAACAAUAUGAUGGACCGAAGGGUCAUGGAUGUGACCCGGAGCAUGUUGUAUGUAUCCCAAAGGUUAUACCUAGAAUGGAUAUGAUGAGACUUAGAACACUAAAUAUAGACAUUCAAUAGAUCAGGAAUAAUCUUCUCGAUAA